UUUACCAGGUAGAAACUCAAUCAGAACCGAGAUGUCGACGUCUGUGUCAAAGUCGAAAUCUGCUUUGAGAAACUUUGGAACACGUCAAUUCGGAAGUAGUCACAGCUCAUUCGACAAGAUCGACUACCGUAACGAAUCCGACGAGGAGACCGCAGAGCUAGACGAUUACCUCGCUGAAAUAGCGAAGAAGAGAAGGAAGGGCAAAAAGAAGAUCGACUGGUCGAAAGCGUUUGAAAACGACGAUCUAACUGGUGUCAGUGACGUCAAAGAUUUCAAACGGUCCAAUGAAAUAGCGAGUUUGAAGACCGCCCAGCCUCCAAGUGUGACUAAAGCCACAGUGACCGUUGGGAAUAGUGAUGAUGUCUCGUCCAUCUCUGUAUGUGAUACCAGUUCUCUCAAUCUCUCGGAUGUUGGCUUGAAAUCGGACGCUUUAUUGGGGAAUUCUGUGAGACCAAGUGUACAAUUUGUGGACUCGUGUUUGAUCAGUGAUGAUGUUGAAAAUGAUAGUAAUGGUGAUGAUAGUCUUGGAAGUCCUGUUGCACUCAACGUUUAUGCUAUCGAGGAAUUGCUGUCAUCGAGUUCUGAUCAAGAAGAUGAAAGUAUUGCUUCUGAUAACAUCAAUAACGAGGGAUUUAUUAGAUUAGGGUCAUUGCUAACUGUGGAUGAUUUAAAUCCAAUAGAAGAUGAAAGCAAUCAAAAAUUGGGUGAUAGAAAAUCAGAUGAAUGUAAAUUUGAUGUGGUGAUGACUGUUGAUCAGCUAGAAAAUGUGUGUAGUGCCAGCGAGGAAUUAGUUGCGUCUAAGAAAUCUGAAGAUAGUCUUAAUACCUCACCAAUGAAAAUGGACGUGAGUGAUCAUAUAAUUACUGAAGAACAAGAACAAGCAUCAAGCACAUUAACUGUAGAUGAUCGUUUGUUGAGAAAUACCAUGGAAGAGACAGUGAGAUCAGAACAGGUAUCUGAUUAUGAAUAUACAGAGUCAUUUGCAAGUGACUCGCAAGGUCCAUCAAGUAAUUAUCAGAUGCGGGUGGGAUCUUGUUCGAACCUUGCUGAUCCUACCAUGCAGAGUAUUGCUAAAUUUAACUCAACUUCCCAGUCCCUUAAAGUUGAUGACUCCCACAGUCAAACAUCACAGUCAGAACGAGAAACUGCAUUACAAGAAGGUGCAACAGAUAGCGGAAGCCCAGCUGUGAGUUGUGAGGGAAGUAGUCAGAGACAAGCGACUACCAACUUAGUCGACGAUCAAGAAAUAGAAACUGAAAGAAACUUGUCUGAUGUUACAUCGUUAGACGAUUCAAAUUUGAUAUCUAAACGACAAAUGGUUGAGUGUGGAACUCAGACUGAUUCUAAUCAAUUUUCGUUGCCUGCAUUUUCUAGUCCUAAACUGGUUGGACACGGACACGGACAAGUCACUAUUGAGCCUUCUGUACUGGGUGCGUUGUGUAGCCACACGCCAGCUGCUCUUGCACUGCAUGAACUUAUGAAGGAGCAACUUGUACUGACGAAGUCAUUUGUGGCUAGAUGUUCUCGUUUGGCAUCGGCUUUGAGAGACGAGUGCAAACCUGACUAUCAGUAUACGACAUUGGAAACGACAAAGGAAUACAUCAGGAAACAUAAACCUCGAGUGCGAACUAUGGAAGAGGCCAUGAAGGAGGUUACUAGAAAGAAGUGAAUAUUUUAUUAGGAGAACAACUAGUCUGUUUGUUUUAUGCUGAAUUUCUUAUUAAUAGACUUGAAAAUAAUACUGAACAUUUAGGGUAUGUAUAAUUUAUUCUUUUAUGUAGGUGUAUUUUUGUGUAUUGUAAGCAGUAUCUACAAUGCCUUAAUUAAUUAAGAAUGAA